AUGACGAAUGACAACGAUGAUUCUACACCUAAAAGGUUUUCGAAGAGAUCAAUUGGUUGUUUGUGUCUACUGAUUGCCUUGUUUGCGAUAGCUGGUUAUCUGAGCUAUGAAAUUCCAAGACACAGGGACCUUAACAACGAGAUUCGUUAUUUGAAAAAGCGUGAUAAAGAACUAGAAAAAGACCUAGAAAUUCUCAAGAUCUCGCACACCCAAACAGAGCGUCUUCUUAAACAUAUGAUGCGUGAGCGUUUCAAUGGCGACAAAGAAGAUCAUAAUUCAAGCUGUCCCACAACUCCGUUGGCCAUCAACGAGACGCAUAAGAAUAUCAAUGCAAUUAGACAAAAUUUGAAUGGACUUGUUCUGGUCGUCGCUAAUCUAACUUUGACUGUGUCAAACAGCAGAAAUUUGUCCCAUACGAAGAUUUUGCGCUUGCGAACUUUAUUAAAUCGCGUCAAAGUCGAUCUUAAACGUCUGCAAAGGAAGGUGAAUCAUUUGAAUGAAUCGAUUUACAAAGACACACGGAAAUAUUUGGUUUCUGCCACACAAGACUUGAGACAUGAUAUAAAUGGUUUACAAAAUUGGACUAUCCUGACCGCUAGAAAUCUAAGCGAACUUUGGAGACGUUGGAAUCGAACGGACACAGAAGUAGAGGAUAUAAUAAAAUUGAUUCGUCAGCAUAAUGAAACGUUGCACUUUAAAAUCGCCUAUCAUUCUGACGCUUUGUCCAUCAAAAUAAAAGAUGUCGAAAACAAGCAGUCAAGGUUUGAGAACAGGACUCUUCGAGAUCAACUAACUUUGACGCAAGCCUUGAAUAAAAGCGUGUCAGGUUUAAAACGAAUGAUUCGUAAAGAAAUACAACAGACUAAUGCAACUUUUCACAAUGCUCUUGAAAACGCAGUCGAAGUGUUGCGCUCUUUGGUCAGAAAUGUGAAUUUGAAAAUUGGCAGAAUCAAUAGAAAAUUGCGCGAAGACAUGGCUUCUAUAUCAAACAAACAGACUGAAAUUGAAACGAAUUUUUCGAAAACAAAAGCUAAAUUCCAAGAAAAAGACCGGAAACAUGACUCAGCAAUCUCUCAGUCCAACCAAGACGUUGCACGCUUGCAGAACAAGAUGACCAUCUUGCAAUCGUCUUUGGAUUCAAAAACAAACGAGAUCGUCGAAAUAAAUUUGCAACUUGCAUCAUUGAAAAAGACCGUUAAUGAAAUGAAGAACAAUGCGAUACCGCUGGCCAAUUUCAAAGUGUAUCAAGCACUUAUUUGUGCAUGUGGUACAGUUUUUUUGUACACUUUAUUUUAG